AUGGUGUUACGGGCGCUCGAGUUCUCGGAUUCGAUCUCCGACUCGCCGUGGUUUCGACAGAAUUUGCACGACCAUGAAGUGGCACUGGACGACGCCUUCAAGAACAUCAAGCUAAUUGAGAAUCAGUGCAAAGAUUUGAUUGCGUGCACCAAAAAACUUUCGACAGCACAACGGGCAUUCGCAAAGACGUUAAGCGAGUUCAAAAUUGAAACAGUUGGAACAAAUCAAACAGAUGAUGAGCGAUUUAUUGCAACAUGUCUGAAAGAAUUUGCUUCACUGAUCAACCAAGUGGAAGAUGAACGAAUGAAACUUGUAGGCCAAGCCGAAGAAAGUUAUCUGGAACCAAUUAAAAAGUUUCGAACGGAAGCAAUCGGAAAAACCUUGAAAGAAGAGAAAAAUAAAUAUGAUAAAGAAAGUAGUAAAUUUUAUUCAACACUUGAGAAGCAUCUUCAUCUCAGUACAGUUCGAAAAAAUGAUUUCCGAGAAGCUGAUGCUCAAUUAGAAACUCAGCAGAAAAACUUCUUUCAAGCCUCCUUGCAGUACGUAGCAGAAGUCCAGUCAGUUCAAGAGAGAAUGCGAUUCGAGUUUGUAGAAACUUUAGGAUCAUAUGUGUAUUCAUGGCUCUCAUUUUUUCACGUUGGGAGCGUAAUUCAUCAAGAUUUCAAACCAUUUCUAGACAAUGUUCAGACAAAGGUGUUAAAGACCAAAGAGAACUAUAUGGCCACAAAUGCCGAAGCAGAAGAACUGAAAAAGAAACUCCUCGCAUCGCAUACAAAACCCGGGAAUGAUGAGAGACGACCGACGCCUUCCAUCAAGCAAGGCUACGUAUACAUGCAGGAGAAAAGCAAGAUUCCAAAAACGAUUGGACGAGAUGUACUUGGCAGAUGGACAAAAUACUAUUGUGUUUAUUCACGAGAAACUCGAAUUUUUACAAUGGUCAGCGCCAAUUCAGCUACAAAAACGGAUAUGAAAAGUGCAGUGGCACAGACGGCGACGUUCAAGUUCAAAUCUUGCUCUAAAAGGCCCAUGGAUACUAUUGAUAAGAGAUUCUGCUUCGACGUUUGCGUGGAGGAGAAGAACGACGUGAUGACGAUGCAGGCUCUCUCUGAAAAAGACCUAGGUGAAUGGAUCGAUGCGAUGGAUGGUGCCAAGCAGAAUUCGUAUACAGCCGGAGAGAAUCCAUCGUGUUCCACCUACAAACAGAUUGCUAGAAUAUUGUUGACUCUCGUGCCUCUAUCAGGAGUACAAUCGAAAACUUCGAACAUUUAA